AUGGGGCUACUCGAGCGCCGUAAGGCAAUCGAGGAGGAAAUUGCCAGGACGCAGAAGAACAAGAAAACGGAGUAUCAUAUAGGCCGUCUCAAGGGCCAAUUGGCCCGUAUCAGGACCGAAAUGUUGGAGAAUGCCGCAAGGGCUGCUGGUGCCCGUGGGGGCGAUGGAUUUGAGGUCCGGAAAAGUGGUGAUGUGCGCUGCGCCCUUGUGGGAUUUCCGUCCGUCGGAAAGUCGUCAUUUCUUUCUCGUGUGACGGCGACGGUGAGUGAGGCGGCCGGGUAUGAGUUCACCACCCUGACGUGUAUUCCGGGGAAACUGAUGCACAAGGGCACGGAGAUUCAGAUUUUAGACCUGCCAGGCAUCAUUGAGGGAGCCGCGGAGGGGAAAGGCCGUGGAAGACAAGUUAUUGCCACCGCUCGAACGUCCGAUAUGAUUAUUUUGAUGCUUGAUGCAGCCAAGGCGGAGGCCCAGCGAUGCAAACUUGAGGCCGAGCUGGAAACUGUGGGUAUUCGCCUCAACCAGAAGUUUCCCAACGUGACAUUUAAAAAGAAACCUUCUUGUAGCAUGAAUGCCAUAAGUUUUACCGCCACUGUGAAAUUAACGCAGGGUAUGUCGGAGGCAUUGGCAAAGGAAAUAUUGAAAGACUAUGGGAUUCAUAAUGCAGAGGUCGUUAUUCGUGAAGACAUCACAAUUGAUCAGUUUAUUGAUGUUAUUGAGGGAAAUCGAAGGUACAUGCCCUGUCUCUACGUGUACAAUAAAAUAGACACUAUUACAAUGGAGGAAAUGGAUCGCCUGAGCCGAUUGCCAAAUUCAGUUGUUCUUUCACUGCAUUGGGAUUUGAAUGUGGAUGAGGUUAUUGAGGAAAUUUGGGAGCAUCUUAAUAUUAUUCGCGUCUAUACGAAAAAACAUGGUGAGCAUCCAGAUUUCACGAAGCCCUUUGUGGUGAAGCGCGACGCGGACAUUGAUCACAUCUGUAAGAGGAUACAUAAGGAUCUCUCAUCAAGAUUUAAGUACGCCCUGGUGUGGGGAACGAGUACGAAACAUCAGCCGCAGCGAGUUGGCAUUGGGCAUCGGUUGGAAGAUGAAGAUGUUCUUCAAAUAAUGCUAAAGACGUCUAACGAGUAG